UUCUCACAAAAUAUAAAACACAAAAAAAUAAAGAAAAAGAAAAAAGAAUUAUUCACUCAUUUCCACUUCUACACUCAGCUCUAACCAAAGUAGAAGAAGAAGAAGAGCAGCCAUGGCUAACAUGAUCAUGGCCUCCUCAAAAGCCCUAAUGCCCACCGCUCUCCCUGCCCCAAGGCUUAAAAUUUCAGCCUCCCUUCCCAAAUUAACCCUCUCCGAACUCCCAAAACGCAACCAAUUCCGCUCCCUCACCCUCCCCUCAAGUUUGAAAUCCCUAUCGGUGAUCCUCGGCACCGCCCUCGCGGCGGCGCCGCCGUCGAUGGCGGAGGAGAUCGAGAAGGCGUCGCUGUUCGAUUUCAACCUGACGCUGCCGAUAAUCAUGGCGGAGAUCCUGUUCCUGAUGUUCGCGCUGGACAAGAUCUACUUCAGCCCGCUGGGGAAGUUCAUGGACGAGAGGGACGCGGCCAUCAGGGAGAAGCUGAACAGCGUGAAGGACACGUCGGCGGAGGUGAAGCAGCUGGAGGAGCAAGGCGCGGCGGUGAUGAAGGCGGCGCGUGCGGAGAUAUCCGCCGCGCUUAACAAGAUGAAGAAGGAGACGCAGGAGGAGGUGGAGCAGAAACUGGCGGAGGGGCGUAAGAAAGUGGAGGCGGAGCUCGCGGAGGCGCUGGCUAAACUGGAGACGCAGAAGGUGGAGACCAUUAAGGCUCUCGACUCCCAGAUUUCUGCUCUCAGUGAUGACAUUGUCAAGAAGGUCCUCCCUGUUAAUUAGGAUUUUUUUUUUUUUUGUUUUAUCAAUCUAUGAAAAGAUUUUAUAUAUUACAAAUAUGCUGCAUCUAAAUCCCACUCUUUAUAUCUAAUUUGUAUAAAUUCUACUUUGUGGUAAACGUUUAGAAAUUUUCAGUUUUACGUAAAUUUCUAAAUUACCAAAGGCCUUCGGAUUUAGUUGA